UCUUGCCCUGCGGCGGAACCGUCAUGACAGAGGCGGAGGACGGCGAGCUGGGCAGAGCUCUCUCGUGCACCGAGCCCGCUCCGGCCCUUGAAAUUGGGGGCGGAUGCAGCAGCAAGGCCGAAAUGUGGGUGCUGGUGAUCAACACCGGGGGGACUAUAGGGAUGGUGCCCCAGUCAGAGGGUCUUGUCCCCAAGGCUAACAAGCUUGCAGAGGCUCUGAAGAAGAUGACAGUACUUCAUGAUGCAACAUAUGCCAAGGAAACCCAACUAUAUAACCGCCUUGGAGUUGACACCUUGGUACUUCCUUCUUCUAACCAAAAUAAAAGAAUCAUCUACACCAUCCUGGAACUUUCUCCUCUGCUAGAUUCUUCAAAUAUGACACCAGCUGAAUGGGAUAAAAUUGCCAUAUGCCUUGAGGCAAACUAUGAGAAGUAUGAUGGAUUUGUAAUCCUUCAUGGCACAGACACAAUGGCUUAUACAUCCUCAGCAUUGUCCUUCAUGUGUGAGAACCUGGGUAAAACCAUAAUCUUGACAGGAUCUCAGAUACCAAUAUAUGAACUGAGGAAUGACGGCAGAGCCAACCUGUUGGGGGCACUGUUGAUUGCUGGACAGUUUGUAAUUCCUGAGGUGUGCCUGUACUUUGAUAAUAAACUGUACAGAGGAAACCGGGUGACUAAGAUGGAUGCAGGGAGUUUCAGUGCCUUUUCCUCACCUAACCUGCCUCCGCUUGCAAAUGCUGAGGUUGAUAUUAUAAUUAAUUGGGAGACAAUAUGGAGAGCUAAUACUAUGAAGAAAUUUGAGAUCCAUACCAACAUGAACAGCAAUGUUGGACUACUGAGAGUCUUCCCUGGAAUUACUGCUACAGCGGUAAGGGCAUUUCUUCAGAGCUCUAUGGAAGGGAUUGUCCUUGAGACCUAUGGCAGUGGAAAUGCCCCUAAUAAUUGUCCAGAACUGCUAGAAUUGCUGAGGAAAGCUACUGAUUCCAAUGUUGUGAUUUUGAAUUGCACCCAAUGUCUGCGAGGAUCCGUGUCUUCAGUCUAUGCUACAGGAAAGACUCUUAUGGAUGCUGGUGUAAUUCCAGGAGGAGAUAUGACACCAGAAGCUGCUCUUGCCAAGCUGUCCUAUGUCCUGAGCAAACCUGGACUUACUAUUGAUCAAAAGAAAAUGAUGCUGAGUAAGAAUCUGAGAGGAGAAAUGACUGUUGUGCCCAUUGGAACCCAGAUAACUCUCAAAGAUUGCAAGUUUAUACAAGAGAUUGCAAAAUAUCUGUUGAUCAGCUGCAAAGAGGAACUAGAAGCUGUAAGGGAUGCCUUGACUCCUUCUUUGGCAUGUGUAGCUGCGAAAAAUGGUGACUUAAAUGCCCUAAAAGCCUUACAGGACAUGGGUGGAAACUUGAGCUCUGGUGAUUAUGAUGGUCGUACUCCACUUCAUGUUGCGUCCUGUGAAGGCAAUUUGAAGAUAGUCAGGCAUCUAUUGAAGUCUGGUGCAACUGUAUAUGCAAAAGACCGAUUAGGAGCUACUCCACUGAUGAAUGCUAUUAAGUUCAGGAAUCACAAUGUGAUUGAGUUACUCCGCAAAACUGGAGCUCAUCUUUCCAGACAAGAGCUUGUGAAUGUUGGGACAGAACUCUGCAGUCUUGCUUUUCAUGGAGAUCUUGAUGGUUUGCUGGCAUGGCAUUUGGCAGGGGUAGAUCUGAAUCAACCUGGUUAUGAUGGGAACACUCCAGCUAAUGUGGCCAAGGCUGCAGGGCAUGCAAAAAUCAUAGAGUUUUUCAAUAAGUUGGGAUCCUGAACUUGAUACCUGAUGUUCCUCAGUGGCUAUGGAGAAGAAAGGCACUUGUUCAUGCAAACCCUGCUUCAACGUAUUGAAAAAGGCAAUUGAAUGCUUACUAUGUUUAGGAUUAGCUUAGUAUGAAGAUUUAUUUUUUACUGUCUGAUUUUUAAAAAAAUGAAUCCUUAUUAAAGAAAAUAGUUGCCUAUAAUGUGCCAUAGGGUACCAUAGAUCCAAAUUGGGUUCCCAUAGUAGCCUGUCAGAUUGUAUUGUACUUUCAGGAAGUAACGCAUGACAUUGAAUCAAACUGCAGUAUUCACUGGUAAACAAGGACUUGAAACCUUUAGUGCUGUUGCUCCCCAGUUUUGAUUACCUCAAGAUACAGGACUAUUGUUCCCAAAAUCCCUAGCUGCCAUGGGCAAUACUGGCUGGGAGUGAUAGGAUAGGCUCUAGAUUCAGAAGGUCUGUUCUGCACUCAGAGCAAUGCUGCCUGCCACUGAGAUCUCUCCAGCUCUUUGCUGUAGUUCAGUGGCAGAUACUGUGGAUCAACACUUGUUAAUGAAAUCUAGAAUGAAUUAAAGUACAUACUUCCACCGUUAGCAUUCUAAGAAAUGACAUGAUCGUGUAUUUGUCAUCACAUUAGAAACUGAAUAGUAGAUUUCCCAAGAAAUAACUUUUUCUGAUAAGUGAAUUGGAGAUGAGUGCCAAGAGGACUGGAGCCUCUGUGAGACCACUGAGAAACAAGGGGGAAAGAUAUAAGCAAGUCUGGAAAAACUCAGAAGUUUUAACAAAAAGAAAAAAAGGGGGGAGAGGGGAAAUCUUACUUCUGCCCAGAUCCCAGGUUGGUAAGAAUUGAGAACAUCUUCAUUACCCAUGAAAUGUUGAAAUCGGGGGGAAAAAAUAAAAAACUAGAUGGCAAUGAAAUGGCCUGCUUUGUAAAAAGACCUGUCUGCCUGAAAUGCUGCACGAGAAGAUGCCUGCUGGGAGGUGAGGAUGUUCUGUGAUGUUUUGUGGCAUGUUCAGUUUGAUACGUGUAAAACAAAUCUUAGCAUGAACUGGGAGAUUUUUACUGUGGCAGAUCAGGGGAGAUCUAGAUAAUUUCAGAAAUCAAAGAAUGUCACUAUGAUAAGCAGUUGAGUAAAUUUGCAAGCUUCUAUAGAUAGUGAAGUUAAAUUUGAGACUUAUUCAAACUUCUGUAGAAUCUCAUAUGGGGGGUAUAACUAUACAAAUUUUGAAAGCAACUUAAUAACACUUUGAUAAAGUUUGUCAUAUUUCUCAAGUAGGCAUUGUGUGUUCCUAUUUCUAAUGCCUCAGUCUUGCAUGCCAAAUACAAUAGAAUUAUGUGCUUAUUACUUGUAAAAUAUCAUGACUUUGUUGCUAUGAUUUUCAAUAAAA